GCGGCAUGCUCUAUACGAACCUAUAUAUAUGUAACUGUGCUUGCCAUAUAUAUAUGUAUACACACUUUAUUAUAGGAUAGCCUACAUAUUUAUUACUCUUCUUAACAGAAAAAUAAUGCUUCUUGAGCAAAAACUUUAAAGCAAGCAAUAUUCGUUAAAGUUAAUUUUAAUAUCGCAUGUUUUUUCAAAUAUUGUCAUCGUAUAUUUACAUAAAUUUUGUAUAUUAAUCCGAAUAAGAAAUUUUUAGGUUACGCGGAAAUGUUUGAAAACGUUUGCAUUUUAGUUUUUAAGAACGAAAUUUUUCAGUAAAAUAAAAUUGCAUUUUCUUUUAAAUGCUUCAAUGAUUACCAGUGUUAAAUUCAUCAACUAAACUGCAAUUUCUAUGUACAUUUGUUAUCAUGAGGGCCUCAUGUGUAUUUCAAAAGCUGAAGCUAAGCUCUAGCUUGCAAGUCAGAUGGGUUACUUCAAAACCUCAAUUCAAACUCAAAGAUGAAGUAGAAAAUGCAAUAGUUGAAGAGAAAAUAAAACCCAGAAAACAUCCUGGAAUCAUAAAAAAUAAAUUGAUUACUUUACCUGAUUGGAUUGUUCAAGCGAUGGAUGAAAGAUUUGAUGAUGCCGAUCGCACAGAUAUUUACAAACAGCGUAAAAUAUUUCAAAAUUAUUUAUUCAGUAGAAGAUUGCCGUUGGAAAAACAUGAAUUACAGGAACAGUAUCUCUCCAUUGAAAAAAAAAUUUUACAGAAUAAAAUAAAUGAUCAAUCAACAGAGGAAGAAAUAGAAGAAAUGCGUAAAGUGAUUCAAGGUCAGGUUAAGCAUAAGUUGAAAGAACAUGUCUUUGCUUGGAAGCCAAUUAACUACGACAAACACAGAAGUUUAUUGUACAUGAUUGCACGAAGUACAGCAGAGUAUUCUGUAUUACAUAGAAUUUUUGAAGAAAUCAAAAUUAGAGAUCCACAUUUUGAUCCUCACACAAUGUUUGACUUUGGAUCUGGUGUUGGGAGUGUAUUAUGGGCAGCUAAUACUCAUUGGAAGAAUAUCAAUGAAUAUUUGGGCAUUGAUAUUUCAAAUGACAUGAAUGAUCUUUCAGAGAAAAUUAUGUCUUAUUCACCCAAAAAGAUAAAAGCCCUUCUAUAUCGUCAAUAUCUUCCAGUGUCUAAUCUUAAACAUGACAUCAUUGUAAGUGCAUAUUCUCUUAUGGAUUUACCUGAUACAAAAAACCGUUUGGAUGUCAUAUCUAAAUUAUGGAGAAAAACAAGUAAAUAUUUAGUAAUUGUUGAACAAGGAACAAAUGCUGGUUUUAAGUUGGUGAAUGAAGCCAGAGAUUUUGUCAAGUAUAUGACAACAAAAUAUGAUGUGAAUUCAGACUAUUUCACUUUUGCUCCUUGCCCUCAUGAACUAUCUUGUCCACGAUUCAUAGAGGGAAAAACACCAUGUAAUUUUUUAGCACAUUAUCAUGGUUUACGAUUAGUAGGACCAUCCAGCCCUCAGACUGAACUUUAUUCUUAUAUAGUUUUUAAAAAAGGUGAACGUUCAGAAAAUGAUAAUUGGCACCGUCUUGUACGACCCACUAUUAUUCGCUCAAAACAUACUAGAUGUCAAUUGUGUACAUCAAAUGGGAAAUUAGAGCAAGUUGUUUUUACAGCAUCAAAAUACGGAAAACCUUUGUAUCAAUGCGCUAGGGUAAGCAGUUGGGGGGAUCGUUUGCCUGCAGAUUUAAUCAAUCAAGAUGAUCAAUCAAAUAGUACUGAAGAACAAAAAUUGAAUCCUACUCUAUCAGAAGAUGAUACAAAUUGUGAAAGUGUAGAAGAUAAAGUUGAGGAUACAAGCAAGAAAGAGAAACUGAUAUACUCAGAAGCUCCUGUUUUUACAAAAACCAAUGAAAACUUGUAAAUUUGUAAAUAAGUCUUUGUAAAUAUAUAAAUUUCUAAUCUUUCAUGUA